AUGAAUAACCUCUUGCCGGUCGGGGAGUUGAAGCGGCCCGCUCGUCGUGUCAACGAUCCCCCCGUGAAACUCGCCUGUCUAUCCUGUCGUGCUCUGCGGAUCCGCUGUGAUGGUCAGCCCGAAUGCGCCAACUGUAUAGCCAAAGAGAGACCAUGCUGCUAUGUGCCCAGUCGCCGAGGCGGUCCACGCAAUUAUUCCGCUCGUAAGAAUAAAAGUGCUGUCGUCCACAGCCCGACGGACCUCACUGCCGACGAGGGGAAAGACCCUCCUCGCCUGAAGACUCCCACGCCGAUGGAGCCCGAGGAGCACGCUCGCUCGGAGGCUGAAGAAUGGGUGAGCCAACUUUCCGGGUUGUGCGGUCCCGGUGCUGGCCUGCGGAAUGUCGAAGUGCCUCUGGCCGAGAUAGACUCGAUCUUCGAUUCCAUCUUCACGCCCGUAGACAAGAGUCCGCCAGACUCGCAAUUAAGUGCCUACUACAUCUUCAUCCAUCCUUAUUUCCCCAUUCUCCCCCCGCCGGAGCGCCUGCCGGUGACCAGCGGUCCUAUCUCCAAAACGCCACCCAGCUUCGAGCCCUCGAACCCGCUGGGGCGGGCGAUCGCAGCCAUCAUGGUCCUCAUUCCUCAUCCGAACGAAAAGGACCCUGCGAGGCCCGAGUACGUCAAGAUCCGACGGGACUUUGCACAUUGCUUCGCCAAAUCGGCGUUGGACGCGAUCGAAAUCGACUACGAGUCGAAGGACCCCAAGGACCCCAAGGACCCCAAGGACCUCAAAGACCCUGCCGCGGAAGGUGUCAAGGCCUUUGACCGCGAGCCAUUCCAUCCGAAAUUGCCAGUCUCGUUGGAAGGAGUGGUGGCGCUGGCGAUGCUGAGCGUCUAUGAAUAUGCGCAGCAAGGACAUCUAGAUCGAAUGCUGCAUCGGUCGAAUCAGUCUCUGGCGCUGGCGCUGAGUAUGUCACUCCACGAGGCGUUGGACGAGGAUGAAUUUGCGGAGGCUCGACGUCGAGUGUGGUGGAUGACUGCGUUGGCUGUGAGCAAUCUGCCGCCAGUGUUCGACUUGUAUGAUCCCUGGUUUGUGACGCCGUAUCCUGAGGGAUGGAAACUACUCGUCGAAGCCCAACAAGCGAUCCUCGAAUCCGCCACAUUCUCUCGAGACCUCGACCAGGCCAUCAAAUCCGGCGGGGACGCAUCUCGGGUUCUGUACAGAAUGGCCGAACUGGACAGCCAGAUUGCGUCGCUCCUGCUGCUUUGUCGAGAUUCUCUGUCCGUGUCCGAAAUGGUGCCUCCGCCCGACUCCCCAGACCUCGUGGCAUCGAACACGAUGCGUGCGUUCGCAGAAGUCAAAUUACAUACGUAUGUCACCUCGAGCGCCAACUCAAGAUCCAAACCACUCACUCAUCCCAAACGCAGCGCUCGCAUCAAAACUCAUCGUCUCUGCGCCUUCCAAGACAUCGACACCAUAUCCCCGGAGCCAACUGACCUCUCCGCCCCAGCCACCGACCCGAUCGACUUCUCCCUGGAAUCCGGAAACAGCCCGAUAUACAUCCAAGACCCCCCGGUCCCUCGCCACGCCCACCGUCUCCCCUUCCCGUUCUCCUCCGACGAAUCCUCCCGAAUCUGUCUUCACGCCGCGUUCAACGUUGUCGUCCUACUCGACAACCUCCCCCAUCCGCGUCCCACCUCCGAGACCUCCGAGACAAACGCAUCCCUCUCCCUGCACCGACCCCAGCAUGAUAUCCCCCGCACCAUGCCGACGCUGAUCUGCUGUGCCAUGCAAUCGGGAUAUGCGAUGCUUAUGCUGUGCGUCAAGGCGCGCGCGCUGCAGCGCUACGGUGGCGAGGAAGCGAGUCGUCUAAGCGCGCCUUCGUUGACCAUGACCGGGUUCCGGGAUGAACUGCAUCAAAGCCUGCGAGGGGUGGUCAAAUGCUUGGACAAUUACUGUAUUGCAUAUGAGGCAUUACAUGGCGUGAAAGACGAGAUUUGCCAAGCAAUAGAGCGAGAAUUCCGACUUUGA